AUAAUAGAAUAAGAAUGGUGUUGUGGUCGUAUCCUUCAACUCCAAAGCAGCUCUCUCUCACUCUCUGCGGUAUCUUCGUCGGAAUCUCUUUCAUCUCCGCCGGCGCUUACCUCUCCUACUCCAACAUCGGCCCUCAACAAGCCCGCGUUAAGGCCCGAAAGGACUACGUCAAAUCACGUCUCAGGCGGCUCCUCCAAGAUUAGUUAGUGCGGAGUAAAUUGUUCCAUACAUGUUUCCGAAUGCUGUUCUUCACCUUUUCGGAUUUCUAGGUACUCUAAUUAAUUUUUUCCUGCUAGCUUUUAUGUUUUUGCUUCCUUCUUCUGUUGUUGGAAACAGGGAUUACGCAUUCAUUCUUAAAUAUGAUUAUGGAGGGGUGUGUUUGAGAGGUUGUUUUGGAGGGGUGGGGAAGGUUGAUAGGGUUUAUGACCUCCUUUCCAUGUUUUGAAGUUUAUAAAACAGGAGGACUCAUGUGGCCCUCCAAAACAGCUCAAUUUUUGAGUUCCCCAAUUUGGAGGGUUUUGAAGAAUAAUUAACAAAAUGUUAAUUUAACCUCAAUUAGAAAUAAAUAUCAAUUGAUUAUUUGAAUGCGUCAUCUCAAAGUGAUUUUAAUUAUAAUUCAUUCAAAAACUCUCACUCCUCUCCCUUUCCCCUCCAACAACAUACCAGGCUUCCCCUCCCCUUCCCUCCAAACUCCCAAACAUACCCUUAAAGUUUCCCUUGCGUGUGAAGAGUAGAGAGCAAUGGAGCAAGGAUUUAAACUAAAUUGCACAAAGUAUGGGGGUUUAGAGUUACGAAAUCUGGAGUAGAGAUUGAAGAAAAGAGGUGGGGAAGCAGGGAAAAUUAUAGGAAGAAAGGUUCUUUUUCUUCAUUCAUCACAUGAGGAAACAAUUCAAUCGUAUUGCUUCAAUCCUUGUAGGUUAAAAAUGAAAAGUUAUAAAUUGGGAUCUCCAGCUCAGCAUAUGUUAUCAGGAUGUAUUAGAUUUAGCCUGGUGAUUUUUAUCAAACCUUUUCUUUUAAGUCCCUGCACUCUGCAUUCUUUAUAGAUUCUUUACAGAUAUGCUGGCCUUUUGUCUUAUUUAUAUUUUACCUCAAUUCUUACACAAUAUUUGAAUCUUCUCAAUUGGAUAUUAGGAUUCAAAUGUGUAUAGUAAUUCUGUAAUUGUAAGUCAAAGUUACAAUAUGAAGGAAGAAACAAGUAAGCAUUUCUACAAGUUUACAUUCAUCUUUCUUUGAUCAAGUGUUUUCCAGUGGACAUUGGCUGAUUCUUUGUCCUCCGUUACUGGCAAUUCAAUAAUUUGGUACAGGAUUCUUGAUCUUUCUUGUUACAGUGUAACUGUCUUAUUGGUGCAUCAUCUGGAGCAACUGUACGCAUCUAAGAAGCACCCACACUCACGUUUCCCCUUUUUGAAACUUGCUGGAAACCCGGACACCUGGAAAUUUAAAAGUCUCAUUCCAGGGCUGUUUCUGUAAUUAAAAAGAAUCGGGAAAUUCAUUUCGCUAAAUAAUUAGCUUUUCAGAAAGUUCGGGAGUCCAUUUUUCUUCUUCUUUAGGGAAAGUAGUGUGUAUAUUUUUUUAAAAUAAUAGUGGUUUUCUGGGAUUUUUUCUUUGCAAAAUCGUGAUAUUUCAUAACACAGUGCAUUGCUAGAAAUGUAUUGUAUUUUUUAACUAAUUAUAUACUAAUAUGUAAUAAUUUCUAAAUUUGAACAUGGGGACUCUAUUUAUUACUGUUUCCCCAUGUUUUGUAUCCUUUUUUUAAUCUCAUUUGUCAUUUCACGUGUCCGUGCUGCGUAGGUCUGCAUAAGUUGAAUAUGUGUUUGUCCAUUUUGUACCCCGUUGAGUUUUUGUAUUUGAAUUGGUGACAUGAAUAGGUAUUGUUUAUGUUCACUAUCACCAGCUAUUGGGAGUUGUGACCUUCAUUUGUUUGUGUUUGUGUUAUAUAUACAUGUGUAUUUUAGUAUGCAUAUAUGUGUCUGUGUGUAUCCUUCCUUAUAGGAGCAUAUGCUAAGAUAUGAAGCUUGACAUGUUUCGUUUUCUACUAUGCUGUUUUCGAGUGUUGUGAACCACUGAUUUCUAUUUAUACCAGUAUUGAUCAGGACUAAAUGCUUUCUGGUCUCAGGCAGUUCACAAAAACACAAAAAUCAAUAAACCUGUUAGGCUGUCAGCUUUGGAUUACAACGUUGUGCUCUAUGGAAAGCACCCCACAAUCAAGUGUCCAAAUGCCACCUACAGUCAACCUUACACGGGCAUAUACACUUGCUGUUCAAACCCCCUCUUUUAGUGAGAUAUGGACCAAGUUUCAUCAUGACACCAUUUCUGAACAGAAUAUUGAUGUAGCUGAACUUAAUUUUGAGGAGGAAACCGUGAAAUUAGAGGAUGUACUUAAACUAAGUCAUGAUGAUAUAGAGUUUUUUUCUUAAAUAAUGCUAACAAACAAAAUAUUUUCAUAAUUGAUGUUGGGUCAAAAUUAUUUCCCAAUCUACUGCUCCACAAACUCUAGUUACACCAUGGGAAGCCUACGCAUGACUACCGUAGGGGUCACUGAAAAGCACACCACAAUUGGUAGAAGAGCAAUGGUGGGACCCAAUAAAAUAAAACAUCCCAUUUUUCUUAGAAAUGCUAUAACUUUUAUAUUUAUACUCCGAUUUUUCAAAACAAUAUAUCAUAAUUCAUAACUUUUUAUUAUCUUUCAUAUGACACCAAUAUUGUAUAUAUAAAAAAUAAAUAAUAAUUUAACUCUUUAAAAAUUUCAUGUAUUUUAAAGUAUUAAAACUUUUUUUAUUUGUAUUCUGAUUGUUUUAAAACAUACUCUCUCUGCCCCCUAUAAUUGUCUUCUUUUUCACUUUUGUGUGACUCUAAUUCAUUCUUACUUUAUUUGCACUUUAUCAACUCAUUAUUAAUCACAUAAUUCUAUUUUUCUUAAAAAUCACACCACUUUCUUAUGUUCCAAUAUUAGGGGGCGGAGUAGUAUAUAUAAAAAAUUUCAUAAUAUUUUAUUAUAUUUUAUAUGACACUAAUAUUUCAUAGGUAAAAAUAAAAAAUAAUUUGGUACUUUAAGAAAUUUUUAGAGUUAUACCUUUUUAGUAUAAUUUGGUACCUUUUCUUUAAAAAUUUCUGGAUAAUUUGUUUUAGUGUUAUACCCUUUUGACUAAUAAAUACAUAAUUUAUCACGUUAAAAAAAUCUCAAUUAUUUAAAUUGCUAUUACUUUUUUAUUUGUAGUCUAAUCGUUACAUAUAAUAUAUCAAAAUUCAUAACUUUAAGAAUGAGCACGAGACACUACGAGGCGAUUAUUUUAAAAAGAGUGUCUCAAUUCAAAGUACGGUUCUUCUGAAAAUUAUAGAACCAGUACCCUCGAAUAUGUAUAGAACAUGUCCCGUUCUGUAUCAAUUUUUUAUACGGAUGGAUAUAGUUCUUAAGUACUCCCUCUCAACUAUUGAACUUUGUCAACUUUCGCUUUUUGAUUAUCUUAAAAAAUAUACAUAGUAGUACUUUAAAAAUUGUGAACUUUUUUAAAGUGCUAAAUUAUUGUCUAUUUCUAUAUAUGAAAAUUAGUAACAAAUGAAAGAUAAUAAGAAAUUAUGAGUUUUGAUAUACCUGGAGUACCAAAAAAGGUAUAACACUAAAAAAAUUAUUAGAGUACCAUAUUUAAUUAUUUUUACUAUGAAAUAUUAGUGUCAUAUAAAAAGAAAUAAUAAAUCAUUAUGAAUUUUGAUAUAUACUACCUCCACCCCCUAAUAAUUAGACAGGAUGAAGUGGUAUAUUUUUUAAGAAAAGUAGAAUUAUGUGGUUGAUAAUGAGUUUAUAAAGUGGUAAUAAAGUAAGAAUGAAUUAGAGUCACACAAAUGUUAUAUUAACAAAUAUGACGUGUGACAUUAAUAGGGGAACUUCCAAAAGUGGAAAAAUGGAAUAAUUAUAGGGGGCGGAGAAAGUAUGUUUUAAAACAAUCAGAGUACAAAUAUUUUUUUAAUACUUUAAAAUACAUGAAAUUUUUAAGGUGUUAAAUUAUUAUUUAUUUUUUAUAUAUACAAUAUUGGUGUCAUAUGAAAGAUAAUAAAAAGUUAUGAAUUAUGAUAUAUUGUUUUGAAAAUUCGGAGAAUAAAUAUAAAAGUUAUAGCAAUUUUAAGAAAAAUGAGAUUUUUUAUUUUAUUGGGUCCCACCAUUGCUCUUCUACCAAUUGUGAUUGCUUUUCACAACUCCUUCGGUAUUCAUGCGCGGGCUUCCUAUGGGCUAACUAGAGUUUGUGGAGCAGUAGAUUGGGAAAUAAUUUUGACCCAACAUCAAUUAUGGAAAUAUUUUGUUUGUUAGCAUUACUUAAGAAAAAAACUCGAUGAUAUAGAAGUAGCACUUUCUGAAAUAGGAGUUGACAAUUUUUCCCAACUUGUCUUUAACUUCUUUAACCACAGUGAGGAAACGGCCCGGAAAUGUCUGUUUCUUUCUGAAAGCAUCCACCAUGCUCGCCGCUUAUAUGACCCUCUGGAUAAACUUAUUGAUACUGUAGAUAAAUAUUCCCUUUCGCAAGACCAAUGUGAUGCAGCAUUCGACGUAUUUCAUCAAAUUGACAAAAUUGAAAAUCCAUUCCCCGGGUCCAACAGCAUUUUCAACGAUAUGCAUAAUUGCUACUUCCAACUGAAGAAACAGAUUGACCUUCUGAUUGGGAAUUCACGCUCAAAGCUUCAGCUUCUCCGUCAUGCAACCAGAUGUUGUACCAUAUGCUUUCUUGUUGUUGCUGUCGGAGUGGCCACCUGUGCUAUUCUGAUCGCAACUCCUGCUCUCGUUAUCCUUUUUGCUACCCCAGUCUGUCCUACUUUCUUUCCUGUGAAGAUAAACAAAAGAGAAUCGGCUCGUCUGGUGCAGCUUGAUGGUGCUUUGAGGGAAACUUUUGUGCUCGACAAUUACCUUGAGACCCUUGAUUGUUUAGUUGAUCCUUUGCAUAAUUCAGUGGAGGACCUUAAGCGUGAUGUUCGGUUUGUGCUUGAGAGAAGCAUGGACAAAUAUAUCUUUCAGGCGGUUCUCAAGCAACUGGAAAGAAAGAAUCAGAAGUUUGUAGACCAACUUAUUUGUCUUGAGGUGCACUUAUGCCUAUGCUUUACUGCUAUAAACCGGGCUAGAUCUGUCCUUUUCAAUUAUCUACUUUUUCAUCAAAUUCAUCCAUCUUAACAUUCAUAUCUGUUUCCCUUUUUGGUUUGUGAAAAGUGCUAUUAUGUUGAACUUUGAAUUAGUUAAGGCUCCCAAAAGUUGUAGUUUCACAACACAUAAACACAUUCAAGGGGCAGUGACGUCACACCAUACGUAAAUUCAUAUUCAAACAAGGAGAAGGCAUGAGGCUUGGAAAAUAAAGGAGCAAAAGUAUCAAGGCAUGAGAAUAUGAUGGAAUAAAGCAAAGGAAAAAUUAACAGUAAUAAUCCCAACUAUUGGUGGUCCGCUCAUAAUAAUCUCAACUGUCGAUUAUCUCAGAAUAUUCCCAACUUUAGAGACCUCCCGCCAAUAAUGGUCCGGCGUGACCGACUAUAAAUAAAUUUCUAUAGUUUCUAAAGUGGAUGAGAAGAGAUAUAACAUGUAAUCCCUAUAAAUAAUCCCAAAUUUUAAUUUUCACUCUUAAUUUUUACUCUUAAUAUCCGGUCAUGGACCAUUAUUGGUGAAGAGUCCAUA